UCUAAUAUGUCAUAUUUUACGCGGAGAGCGGCUUCCCCAUCCUCCCCCAUCUAUUAAGUGCUGCUUCGGUCUCAGUCGCUCCAUCCUUUCCCCCCCGUCGAUAAUAAUGAAGAAGUUUAAUAUUCGGAAGGUGCUGGAUGGUCUGACGGCUGUUUCUUCACCCUCACCAUCUCCGCACGCUGGAGCCAAGGAAAACGACUUCAUUCUGCCGGACACCCUCCAGAGCGAGCACUUCCAGCUCUGCAAGACUGUCCGCCAUGGCUUUCCCUAUCAGCCGUCCUCUAUGGCCUUAGACCCAGUCCAGAAAAUCCUUGCCAUUGGGACCCAAUGUGGAGCAUUGCGAUUAUUCGGUCGUCCAGGAGUGGAAUGCUACUGUCAGCACGAGAGCGGAGCGGCCGUCAUCCAGCUACAGUUCCUCAUCAACGAGGGGGCAUUAGUGAGCGCUCUAGCCGAUGACAGCAUUCACUUGUGGAACCUGCGUCAGAAGAGACCAGCCGUACUGCACUCGCUCAAGUUCAACAGGGAGAGGAUAACGUUCUGUCACCUGCCUUUCCGAAGUAAGUGGCUGUAUGUGGGCACAGAGCGAGGAAACAUCCACAUUGUAAACGUGGAGUCCUUCACCCUCUCAGGAUACACCAUCAUGUGGAACAAAGCCAUUGAACUGUCCUCCAAGUCUCACCCUGGCCCUGUCGUCCACAUAAGUGAUAACCCGAUGGAUGAAGGAAAACUGAUAAUAGGAUUUGAGUCUGGUAUCGUGGUGCUGUGGGACUUGAAAUCAAAGAAGGCAGACUACCGUUACACUUACGACGAGGCGAUCCACUCUCUGGCGUGGCACCACGAGGGGAAACAGUUUAUCUGCAGUCACUCAGAUGGCACACUGACCAUAUGGAAUAUUAAGUCGCCAGCCAAGCCUAUACAGACAAUCACCCCACACGGAAAGCAGUCCAAGGAUGGAAAGAAGCCAGAUGUAUGUAAACCAAUUCUUAAAGUAGAGUACAAGACCACUAGAGCAGGGGACCCUUUUAUGAUCCUGUCUGGUGGUUUAGCCUACGACACAGUAGGUCGGCGACCAUGUCUGACUGUAAUGCACGGCAAGAGUACUGCAGUGCUGGAGAUGGACUAUCCUAUCGUAGACUUUCUCACGAUCUGUGAAACCCCAUACCCUAAUGAUUUUCAGGAACCUUAUGCUGUAGUCGUCCUUCUAGAAAAGGAUUUAGUUGUUAUUGACCUUGCGCAAAAUGGUUACCCCAUCUUUGAGAACCCCUACCCCUUGACUAUACACGAGUCUCCAGUGACGUGUUGUGAAUAUGUUGCUGACUGUCCUGUGGACCUCAUACCUGCACUUUACUCAGUCGGCUCCCGCCAAAAACGACAGGGCUACAGCAAAAAGGAAUGGCCUAUAAGUGGUGGAAACUGGGGCCAGGGCACCCAAAGCUACCCUGAAUUAAUAAUAACUGGCCACGCUGAUGGUUCGGUGAAGUUUUGGGACGCCUCUGCAAUAAUGCUUCAGGUGUUGUACAAGCUGAAGACAGCCAAGCUGUUUGAAAAGGCACGCUGCAAGGAAGAGAAGGCGUAUACAGAGAUCGUGGACGAAGAUCCAUUCGCUAUUCAGCUCAUGGCCUGGUGCCCUGACAGCCGUAUGCUAUGUGUAGCAGGAGUGUCUGCCCACGUCAUCAUCUACAGAUUCAGCAAGCUGGAGAUGAUCACUGAGGUCAUACAGCUGCUGGAGGUCCGAUUGCAGUAUGAGCUAAACGACCUAGACUCACCAGAAGGCGACCAUACACCAGCACAUCACACUCCUAACACCUCCCCCAGUCCACAGAACUCUGGUCCACAUACACACCCAUCUACAAGCAGCCACUCGUCCAACGGCAUCAGAGAUAACGUGCCCUGUCUCAAGGUUAGGAGUAGUCCUCUGAGGGAGUCACCGGGAUAUCAGGUGGAGUUGGUGGUGCAGUUGGUAUGGGUAAGCGGAGAGCCACCACAGCAGAUAAGCAGCUUGGCAAUCAACUCUUCAUAUGGCCUUGUGGUUUUUGGCAAUGCUAAUGGCUUGGCGGUGGUGGAUUUCCUCCAGAAGACUGUUUUGUUAAACUUGAGCACUGUUGAGCUGUAUGGACCCAGUGACCCCUAUCAGAGGCAACCACGAUCACCUCGCAAGAACAGGCAACCCUCCGGAGGGCUAUGUGACAUCAACGAAGGUUCAGCCACGUCAGAGGACCGCUGCAAAUCCCCCACCUCAGUGUUGAUGUCCACCCAUCAGCAAUUCUACAACGGAGGAGGUAGAGGUGCAAAGAUGUCACGGAAAUUAAGCUUGCCUACUGAGCUAAAGCCUGACUUGGUCCUACUCUCUGUAUGUCCCCCACGGGGUUCCAUACCGCUAGACAACAGGGACAACUCCUUCAGCCGCUCCCGCAGCUCCAGUGUUGCCAGCAUCGACAGAGAAUCACGGGAGGCCAUCACGUCGUUUUAUUUUUCCCAGACAUUCACGCGCAAGAUGGACAGCACUCUGACUCCUGCACUGUGGGUGGGAACCUCUCUGGGAACAGUGCUUGCUAUCUCACUGAGUAUGCCCCCUGCGGGAGAGCAGCGGUUACUGCAGCCAGUUAUUGUUUCGCCCAGCGGUACUUUUUUCAGACUGAAAGGUGGCAUCGUCCGGAUGGCAUUGCUGGAUGCGACGGGUUCGUUAGUGCCGCCCGCCUCGGAGCCGUGGUAUGAACAAAAUGCUGACGGUGAGGAGAAGGAGAGAGUGAGGAAGAGGAGGCCUGUGUCUAUCUCCCCCUCCACCUCGCAGGAGCUGAACGAGUGCCAGUACAUGGUGGUGUGCUCGGAGAAGCAGGCCAAAGUAAUUGCGCUACCCUCUCAGAACUGCAUUCACAAGCACAACAUCACAGAGACGUCGUUCGUGCUGCGGGCAGACGUGGUCUACAUGAGCUCAGGCAACUGCGUGGCGUGCUUCUGCGCCAAUGGACACAUCAUGACCCUCAGUUUGCCUGGACUUAGACCAUUAAUGGAUGUCAACUACCUGCCACUAACAGAUAUGAGGAUAGCCAGAACAUUCUGCUUCACCAACCUGGGCCAGGCAAUGUAUCUGACCUCCCCCACUGAGAUCCAGAGGAUAACUUACAGUCAGGACGUCUGCGAGAACCUGCAGGAGAUGCUCAGUGAGUUGUUCACGCCAGUGGAGACACCAGAGGCUCCAAACCGAGGAUUCUUUAAGGGUCUUUUUGGAGGAGGAGCACUGUCACUGGAUAGAGAAGAUCUCUUUGGGGAGUCAGGGGCAGGCAAAGCUUCCAGGAGCCUUGCCCAACACAUCCCUGGUCCUGGGGGAAUCGAGGGCAUGAAGGGUGCGGCAUCAGGCAUUGUGGGUGACCUAGCACGAGCAAGGAUAGCGCUGGACGAGAGGGGGCAGAAACUGAGUGAGGUGGAGGAAAAGACGGCGGCCAUGAUGGCUAGCGCAGACUCAUUUUCCAAACACGCCCAUGAUAUGAUGCUGAAGUGUAAGGAUAAGAAAUGGUACCAGUUCUGAUCUACAGACCAGCACAGAGCCAAAUAAAGGGACUCAUCCAUUUUCCCCCAGAGUGAAUCGACUUCAUCUUAUUCUUCCUCCACUCUCUUCCUCUCGUCUUUUUAAUCGCUGGACAACUUGGAUCACUUUCAUCUUUCCUGGCCCAGUGGUGAACGCUGAAUAGAUUUAGUCCAGUUUUCGGGAACUGGGAUGGAAUGGUUGAGACAUGUUGAAAAAUGAUGAUACAACCUCAACGACAGUUUCAGCUUUCUUUAGUUUUUUGUCCUUUUAUUAUUUCUCGUCCCCUCCUGUGGCGUAUUGUCUAAGGAGCCGUGGAAUUCCAGAAUAUCCCAACUUCCUCUUCAUGUGAUUCACUAUCUACCUUCCAUAUAAAGAAACUAGUACAUUUUAAAAAAGAAAUAGCCAUUGUAAACAUAUCAAUAACGGAAGUAAAACACAAUCCUAUUAAAAUCAAUAUAGAAGUGACUUAACACAUCGAUUACAUACACAGACUAAGCGCAGAUGUGGAGAGGACAUAACAUAUAACGGCUGCCUGUUUACAGGAAAUGAUGUCACUGUCAUGGAAGAGAUGGACCUAAUAAACCUAAUAUUUCCCUUUAUCGAAAUUAUCACAGAUCAUGCUUUUUCUAAAACCAUUUC